GGCCCCCCCCGUCCUCACUGUGAGUGGCACGGUCCGAGAGUGCUCCUAGAAAAGCCUUCCGGCGGGGAGAGGCGCCGCUGCAGGCCCGGGCCGGGCAGGCGAGGACGGCGGCGGGAGGUGCCAUGGCUCUGCCGGGUGGAAAUAAGGAUAACAUCAGAGCAGGAUGCAAGAAGUGCGGCUACCCUGGUCAUCUGACAUUUGAAUGUCGAAACUUCCUCCGAGUAGAUCCUCAAAGAGAUAUUGUUUUAGAUGUUAGCAGCACUAGCAGUGAAGACAGCGAGGAAGAAGAACUACAGAGAUUGCAAGCUUUGCGUGAAAAAAAGAGUAAGGUGAAAAAAAGAAACAAAAAAGAAAAAGCAAAGAAAAAAAACAGAUUAAAGAGACCAAGGAAAAGAUCUUCCUCGUCAAGUGCAGCUGAAGAGGAUAGGCCAAAGUCAAAAAAACAAAAAGCACACAAAAAAGAAAGACAAAAGGAAAAAAAGAAUAAAUCUAAGAAAGGAAAACAUCAUAAAAAGGAGAAAAAGAAGAGACGAAAGGAAAAAAGUUCAUCUUCUGAUAGUUCAGACAGUUCUAGUAGUGACUGAGGUGCUGGUGUAUUUUUGUGUUCACUUCCGCAGAGAAUGUGAUUUUCCUUUCAAAUCAAAUUUAUUUAUGCUUUGCAUUGCUGUUGUUUUAAAAUGAGAUGUAUAUUUUUAAGAAAUUGAUUUGCAAAUAUCAGUGUUUCAAAUUAUUAAAUGGAUCAUUUGGGAAAAAAUUGCUCUUCUAUUUCAAGUUUAUUAGUACUAAACCAUGCAAGUUUAACUAGAUCUUCACUCUUAUUCUUAGUUCAGUAGUGAUUAGUUGUGUUUGGAAUCCUUUACACUAGGAUAUGGUAAACAUCAGUUUGCAAGUCUUUGUGUAGAAAGAUUUGGACUUAAAUAUGCUUAAUGUCAGAAUGAUUAAAUCAAAUUUGGAAAUUCAA